AUGUUGUUGCGAAUAGGAUUACCUAAAGGAUGGAGAAUGGUUAGCACAGGGACACAAAGUUCCAAGUCUGAUAACUUGAUUAAGAAUUUAUUUCUGAAAAAAAUCAAGGAGUAUGAGUCCAGGAUGACUGGCAAAGAAAAUGGACUUAUAGAUGCUACACCUGAGACACAGCGGUCAUUGGAAGAUCAGUUGCAUCGUUUAGCUAGUAAGUACCACUUGGAAAGUAAGGAAGUGGUGGACGAGUUGCCAGUGAAGCAAUUGGAAACUCCUUCUGUUAAAAGUGCCGUGGCAGUGAUGUUCGAAGGAAAGACAGUUAAUGAUUUGAAUAAAGAAUUAGAAAAAGAAAUCCAAGAAUACACAGAAAUGCGACGAAAGAAGCAAGCUGCGGAAGAAGAAGCGCACUCACAUCUUCAAUCUGUCAAAUAG